UCAAUUAUUCUCUGUCUCUCUCCCUUUUCUGCAAUCUUCAUCAACUAUAGGGGAUCCAUUACUGAACAAUAACAGCCAAAUACAUACCAUUAUUUCGUUAUUUCUUCAUAUCUUUCUAUCUUUUUCUUUCUUCGAAGCUUCCUCUUUUGUGGCCCUGUGAUGGUAGCCUAGGCCCACUUUCCCCUAAAUAUACCUUGCCUUUCAAGUACUCCUUUCUUUCUUCAUAUUCCAUCUCUCUCUCUCUCUCUCUCUCUCUCUCUCUCCAUUGUCAAGGAGCAUGCCUGAAUGUCCACAGCAAGGUAAGGAGCAGAGAGAAAGAAUCUUCUCCAGAAAUAAGAAGAGUCCAAACCCUAAGUCUAUGAUCUACUUUACGGGGAGAGGGCUGAUGAAGUAGGCAAGAAUAUCAAGAGAGAACCCGAUGUUCCCGAUCGCAUGGCACGCCGUCACCUGCUAGGUCCGGUGGGAAACUUAAACACCAUCACUCCAUGCGCCGCUUGCAAGCUCUUGAGGCGGCGAUGCGCCCAAGAAUGCCCUUUCUCUCCUUAUUUCUCCCCUCAUGAGCCCCAAAAGUUUGCUUCAGUUCAUAAAGUCUUUGGUGCAAGCAACGUCUCCAAGAUGCUAAUGGAGGUUCCCGAGAGCCAGCGGGCCGACGCGGCCAACAGCCUUGUCUAUGAAGCGAAUGUGAGGCUGAGGGACCCUGUCUAUGGGUGCAUGGGGGCGAUCUCGGCGUUACAACAGCAGGUUCAGGCCUUGGAGGCUGAGCUCGCAGCGGUGAGAGCUGAGAUAUUGAAGUACAAGUACAGGUCUGCUGGUGCUACCGUCCUCCCCACAUCUCAUGCUGCUGCCCUUCUAGCCUCCUCCGGGGAGGUCUCAUUUGGUGCAUCGCUGCCGCCCAUCACAACUCCAACAGCCCCUCCUGCAGCUCCUGCUUCGUCUUCCUCCUCUAUGUACACCGCUGCAUCGAGCUCCACCGACUAUAGCUCCACCACAAACGAAAAUGUCCCAUACUUCGGCUAAAGACUUCGAUUUUAUUUAGUCACGAACCAUCCGGAAUAAACGAAGAAGGAAAUAUUGGUUGGCUCGAGGACUGCCUUUUGGAUCUCAGACUUGGUUGAUGGUUGGAAGCUCAUGCUCAUCUCCUAGAACUUGUUAAACUAUGCCUCUGAUUAUCUCCCAUGCCGCAGCUUUCUUCCAGUGUUUCUCUUUCUUUUUCUUUUUCUCUUUUCCCCCACUAGAAUGAGAUCUUUCCAUCUCUCAUGGUUCAUGGACAUAA